AUGGGAGCCAGCUCGUCUAUGUUGCAGGAGGAAGAACUUAGACAGAUACACAAAGAAACUGGCUUUUCAAAUAACCAGAUCAUUCGCCUGUACAGCAGGUUCACCAGUCUGGAUAAAAGUGACCAGGGUUUCCUGAGGAGAGCUGAAUUUCUAUGGAUCCCAGAGCUCGCCAUAAAUCCUUUGGGAGACAGAAUUGUCCAGGCAUUCUUUCAGGAGAGUGGUUCUGAUACGGUUAACUUCCGCCAGUUCAUGAGAGUGCUCGCUCGAUUCAUUCCAGUAAAGAAGGAUGUACAGAAAAACAAAUUGAAUAGCAGGGUGGAGAAAUUGAACU